CUGAAUUGUAGGCACAUAUAUCAACACCAAGGAGGCAAUCACAUCAAACUUUCUUUUCCUUACCUAAACCCAAUCAAAAACCUCCAAGUCCAACGCACUUUCCUCAUCUCCUAUCUAAUCACGAUUUCCAUGGAAACGACACAACAACAACAAACGCCGAUGUGUGAAAUUCUCGGCUCCAACGACUGGAAAAACCUGCUCGAACCACUCGACCUAGACCUCCGUAAACUCAUUCUCCGGUGCGGCGACUUUUGCCAAGCCACAUAUGACGCUUUCAACAAUGACCAAAACUCCCCGUACUGCGGCACCAGCCGUUACGGCAAGAACAGCUUUUUCCACAAAGUAAUGCUUGAAGACGCUGAAAAUUAUACAGUCUCUUCUUUCCUUUAUGGCACAGCUCGGGUUAGCCUGCCUGAAGCCUUCCUGCUUCAUUCUCAGUCCCGCGAAUCUUGGGACCGAGAAUCUAACUGGAUCGGCUACAUAGCUGUCACCUCCGAUGAAUAUACAAAAGUCAUCGGCCGGCGUGAAAUCUACAUCGCGUUUCGUGGAACUACUAGAAACUAUGAGUGGGUUGAUAUAUUAGGAGCAAAGCUCACAUCGGCUAAACCAUUGUUGAAGGGUAGUAGCAAUGAGUUUAAAGAGAAUAAUAACAGUAGCAGUGAUAGCGAUAGUGAAGGGGAUCAUGAAAAGUUCCCAAAAGUAAUGUUGGGUUGGAUUACGAUUUACACUUCUGAUGACUCGAGAUCGCCUUUUACCAAAAUAAGUGCAAGGGAUCAACUUUUGACGAAGAUUACUGAAUUAAGAGAAAAAUAUAAAGAUGAAGAUUUGAGCAUAAUAUUUACAGGACAUAGUCUUGGUGCCAGUUUAUCAAUUUUGGCAGCUUUUGAUAUUGUAGAAAAUGGCAUUACUGAUAUUCCAGUAGCUGCUUUCGUCUUCGGGUCGCCACAAGUGGGAAAUAAAGCUUUUAAUGAGAGAUUCAAAAAAUAUGGAAAUCUUAAGGUUUUGCAUAUAAGAAAUAAGAUUGAUGUUAUUCCACAUUAUCCAGGAAGAUUGAUGGGGUAUCAGUAUACUGGAACUGAGCUUGAAAUAGAUACGAGGAAGUCUCCGAGCUUGAAGGAUUCGAAAAACCCGAGUGAUUGGCAUAAUUUGCAGGCCAUGUUGCAUAUAGUAGCAGGGUGGAAUGGUGAGGAUAAGGCGUUUAAGCUGCAAGUUAAGAGAAGCUUGGCUUUGGUUAAUAAGUCAUGUGAGUUCUUGAAAGAUGAGUGUAUGGUUCCUGGGUCAUGGUGGAUAGAGAAAAACAAAGGGAUGGUUAGAGGAGAAGAUGGAGAAUGGGCGUUGGUUCCGCCGGAUGAGGAAGACAAGCCUGUGCCUGAAUAUUGACCGUUGGAAGAGACAGACUUGUUGGUGUUGCCUGAUCUAGAUCUAGAAGGGAGACGGACAAAACCUUGAAGAGGAGGGGAAGCGAGGAGGAGGAAAGUGAAAAAGAGAACCAGAAGAUUCUUCAUAGUCGCCAUGUGUAGCGCAAAAGCUUGGUAGUGGUGGCGGUAAUGAUAAAGAUCAACACGACUGCUAAGUACAAAAGCCAAACUUUAGUUCUCCAGUGAAAAAAUGAGAUAAUUAUAAUUUAUUUGGGUCUAGUUAUUUUGUGUGCUUGGAAAUGGAGAAAUGCAAAUUUGCAAUUGCCUAAUACGGCACAAAGAGUCGAAAACUGCCAAAAACAUGGGAUGAUUGGGAUUUGUAUACAAUCUGAUCUUUGUAAGGUUUGUUUAGAAUUUUAUU